AUGCGGGACCGCAGCCCCGAAGCGCCGCAAGGGCCCGGGAUGCGGGACCGCAGCCCGAAGCUCGGGGCCUGCACCGCUGCUGGCCCAGGGCUCUCGGCAGCGAGCCCCGACCUUCGGCCUGGCCUCAAGUCGCCACCUUCCUUGUGCGCGCCGCCUGCUGCGCCCACGCGGGGGCUUGCCAGCUCGCGCCCGGCCCUGCCGCCACCGGGCCCAGGCUGCUCAGCAGAGGUGACGUCGGUUCCCUCGGCAGCCGGCCGGUCGCGGGAGCAGGUGCGGGCCCAGGCGGAAAGACCCGCAGAGACCAACGCCAAUGUGGACAACUCGGCGCCCCCCUCGGUGGCCCAGCUGGCCGGGCGGUUUAGGGAGCAGGCUGCAGCCGCGAAGGAGAUACCAGCCAGUAAACCAGCCAGAAGGAAACCGCCCUGUUCCCUCCCCCUGUUCCCCCCCAAGGUAGAGCUGGGCCAGAACGGAGAGGAGAAAUCACUGCCCAACACGAGCCACCCUCCUAAGGUCAAGGUGAAGAGCUCGCCUCUGAUCGAGAAGCUUCAGGCCAAUUUAGCCUUCCAUCCAGCCGCCCUGCUGCCUGGGGCCUCCCCCAAGAGCCCUGGACUCAAGGCCGCGGUGUCACCAUUUCACAGCCCACCUUCCACUCCCACCAGCCCCGGCGUGCGGCCUCGGGCCAGUGAGCCAGAGGUGGUGCCCAUCAGCUUCGACCAGCCUCCAGAGGGCAGCCACCUGCCCUGUUACAACAAGGUGCGGACGAGGGGCUCCAUAAAAAGGCGCCCCCCCUCGCGGCGGUUCCGGAGGUCGCAGUCGGACUGCGGGGAGCUGGGAGAUUUCAGGGCGGAGGGGUCAUCCCAGGAGAACGGUGCCCGGGACGAAGCCGGGGACGAGGUGUUCCUGCCCAGGAGCAAGGCCCCGGGCUCCCCUCCGCCCGGCGAGGGGGCUGCCGGAAGGGAAGCGGGGGAGGCCCCGGGGGCCCACGAGAAGCCCCCUCUGAGGGAGACGCCCAGCAAGACGGAGAAGCAGGAGGACGCCCCCCAACUGCCCGAGAAGCCUGCGGGGGAUGCUCAGGAGGAGGCCCCCCCGCCGCCCCCAGCCCCCAGCACAGAGGCAGAGGGCCGGUGCGGGAGCCCUGGCGGGGAAAGGCCGGCCGCAGAGCAGAGGGAAGAGCCCGCGCACGAGGAGGGAGCCGGAGGUGAAGGGGAGCCCGCACAGCAGAGCCAAGACUCGAAGCCGCUGGAGGAGGGGGCUGUGGGGCAGGAGGCCCCCCAAAGUCCCCCGGGAGGAGCAGAGAGGAGCCUCGCCCAGGACGAG